AUGGCGCCGCAAUGCUUAGUGCCCACAGUUAAACAUAGAAGUGAUUCCAUAGUGGUAUGGGGCUGCUUUUGUGGCAUCGAAGGCCAUGGCAUCGGAGAUUUGAUAAAAGUCGAUGAUAUCAUGAGGAAGGAGGAUUAUAAAAAUAUUCUCAUGGAGAUAAAUUUCGGCAUGGAGUUCGAAAAUUCGUUAAUUGCUGUGGCGGAGGCAGCAGAUUACAGUUUUACUACCGCCGCCGCUCCUGCUACCACCGUCGCUAAUUCCGUUGCCACCGCCGCCAAUCCCAUUAUUACUGCCUCCGCUCUUGCCUCCGAUCUUGCUGCCGCUCCUGCCGCCGCUCCUGCCACCGCCGCUGCCGUCACUCCUGCCGUCGCUCUCGCUGUCACUCUCAUCGAAAGUGCGAGCAAACAAACUGGAAUGGAGGUGAAAAUUGAUUGGUUGAUUAGAACAGUAAGGAAGAUAAAAGAUGAAGUAGCAUGUAAAAAUGAAAUUAAGACGAUGAUUGCAAAAAAUUCAUUCAUUCGGGAAGAGUUGAAAACUUUUAGGCGUAAAUUUGAAGAAGUGAAAAGGAAUAUGCAGGAGAAAAUCAAUGGAAUAUCAGGACAUGGAUUAGGAAGCUACAGUGCGGCAGUAAAAAAUAAGAAGAAAGAAAGCAUUUUAAUUAUCCAACCGUUAAAGGAACAAGAGAGUAAAACUACCAAGAAAUUAGUAAAAGAAAAAAUAGAUAUUAAGAAGAUGGAGGUAGGAAUAACAAAAUUGAGGAAAGGAAGUAAAGGUUCGGUCAUUCUGGGAUGUGAGAGCGAGGGAGAAAUGGAAAAACUGAAAGAUACAGUACGCGAGAAGCUAGGUGAAGACUUCAAGAUCAUAGAACUG